GUAGACUGUUUUUUUAUUUGUUGGUUUUUGGAUGCGAUUCGGAUUUUGUUUUGGAAAUAUUCAAAUUUUUUACUCAAAACAACAAAAACAUAUAAAAAUGAAAUCGUCUUCAUUGAGUGAUUCAAUCGUGAUCGUUGGAUUUUGUCUUCUGUUUGGAAUAAGCAGAGCCAUGGUUAUACCUUCAGCGUCGUCAUCAUCAAAUGGAAUCUUUACCAUUCCAAAUAGAAUGAUUGAUGAGACUGAUUUACUCGAGGAACAUGGACGUUUCUUGUUGGCCAAUAUGAAUCAGACAUUUGAUCCGUGCGAGAACUUUUAUGAAUAUGCCUGUGGCAAUUGGAAGAACGACACUAUGGUUCCAUUAUUAGGUCGCAACAAUACACUAUUCUAUGCCAUGCAGGUCAAAGUAAAUGAGGUCAUUGUGGACUUUCUCAAGAAUACAACAAUUAUGGAUGAUAGAACAGCCGAGACAAAGGCGAAGAAGCAUUUUGGAGCGUGCAUGAAUAUGAGUGAGGAUCUAAGUCAGGGAUACCGAACUGUCUGGAGUUCCAUGAAGGAGCCAGUGCUGAAGGAAGGUGAAGCUCUCGACUGGAUGAUAUUGAACUUCUACUCGGAAUACGGCGUUACACCUUUGCUGCCACUGAGUAUCCAAUAUAAUUCGAGAAAUAUAAUAUUUGAAAUUGUAAUCGAGGAACCUAGCGCAUAUUUGACCUCAAGUUCAUUCAACUUCACAAAGAUGACGGAAGAUUUUAAGUUCGAAAACAAAGACGUAGUGGAAAAGGAGCUGGAAGAACUGAAGAUUUUCGAGAAGAAGUUAAUUGCAUCAGUGCCAGUGUCAAAUAUUUCAAAAGCUCAGUCUUUGGAAGAUUUUAUGGAUGCUCAUAAUUCAAGUGACAUUGAUUGGAAGAGAUUUUUUGAUUUGGCAUUCAAUGGAACAACAAAGAAUUCGUGGAAAAUCCAUGACAACAUAAUGAAUUUCACAAGCAUCAGCAAGUUUCUCAACAAGUCCGAUACAGGUGUUAUGUUUAGAUAUGCCAAGUGGAGGAAUAUUCUCAAGUUCUAUCGCCUUUGGAGUUUGGAAACUUCUGAAAAGACCCGCGAGAGUAAGUGUCGAGAGAUGACUGUCAAGUAUUUCAACUAUGCAUUUAUCCCGUGGUUCAUCGAGACCACCUUCGAUCAGGAGCGACGAACCGAUGCUCUGCUGAUAUCGAAACGUCUCAAGAACACCUUUUACUCGUUUAUCGAUCAAGCAACCUGGUUGGAUGGUGAAACCAAAUCGGGAGCGAAGUCUAAACUCCGAGCAAUGGAUUUAAUUAUCGGCUACACAGACGAUAUGCGACAUCGUUCGGAAAUGGACAAGGCUUUCAAAGAAGUCAUCAUCACAAAGGACUAUUGGGAAAAUCUCAUGAAUCUCGAAAGAAAUCGUGCGAGAGUUUACGUGAAAAUGAUUGGGAAGGCAUCGAUCAAUCCGAUUAUUGGGACUCAUGAAGUAAACGCCUACUACGCCGACUUCAUAAACCUUGUCUUUGUGGCAAUUGGGAUCUCUCAACUCCCUCUGUACCACAUCAAACUACCGAACUCGUUGAAGUUCGCUGGAAUCGGAAAUUUGAUUGGCCACGAAAUGGCUCAUGGAUUCGAUUCAGGGUGCUAUGAGUACGACUACGAUGGAAAGAAGCGAAACUGGUGGAGUCCUGAGUCCUUAAGGAAUUUCAAGGAACGCUACCAGUGCCUCGAAUCACAGUACAACAAGUUCAUUUACAACGGUAUGAGGACGAAUGGCAAUCGAACUUCGGGCGAUAACAUUGCUGACAACACAGGUCUGAGAAUAGCCUAUCAUUCCUAUCUGAGGUUGCUCGAGGAAAAGGGCACCACGGAAAGUGGGAAGGAUAAACCCCUUCCCGGAGUUGAUUUCACAAACAAACAACUAUUCUUCCUGAAGUUUGCUCAAACAUGGUGCGAUGGUCGAAGUCCGGAAGAUCGAAUGAAACGGAUGGCUACGGACGACCAUGCCUACGAUGAAUUUCGUGUUAUUGGAACGCUGAUGAAUAUGCCAGAGUUUAGUGAAGAAUUCAAUUGUGCUCUGGGGACAGAUAUGAAUCCGCUGAAAAAAUGUGUCAUAUGGUAAAUUUUGGGAAAUAAA